AUGUAUUUCCCAAGUGUAAUCGUUCUUUUGUUCGCAGCCCUGGUGAAUGCGGAAUUGAACACUAUUAUUCAGCUACCUGAAGCGUGCGAUGGUGGAUAUUGUGUGCCGAAACAUUUGUGUCCAACGGGGAGGGCUAAUAAUGUUCCAGUCCUGGGACAAAAUGGUGUAAUAGCGUUGGAGGUCGACGAAGACAACGAAUGUGGAGAUUUCAUGAAGAUAUGCUGCAAGGAUUCGAAUACAAUUUCGAAUAUGACUGAUUACAAGUGUGGAAUUUCCAACCCUCAAGGAUUAGUGUACCAAGUGAGGUCGAAUCUUACGUACGCAAAAUAUGCGGAGUUUCCCUGGACGGUAGCAAUAUUUGAAAUAACUUCCUCAUCAGAAGAACGUGAACUGACAUUCGCAGGAGUUGGCACUCUCAUACAUCCGAAGUUUGUAGUGACGGCAGCUCAUACGUUGAAUGAUUCGACUCGUUAUAUCGCUCGAUUCGGUGAGUGGAACCUUGAGUCAGAUGCGGAGAUCUAUCCAACACGGGAAAUUGAUAUACAGGUAAAUUGCCAUUUCCCGUUGUUUGGACGAAAAUUUACACACGAGUACGAUAUAGCUUUUGCGUUUCUGAAAGAACCUGUCAUCUAUACGGAACACAUUCGACCGAUCUGUGUUCCAAGCGAACAAGAAAUCUUCGUUGGUAAACGGUGCAUUGCUGCCGGAUGGGGAUGGGACCCACGAACUGGACAGUCAGCAUCCAUCAUGAAGCGCAUGGAGUUGAAAGUUGUACACCGCAGACGUUGUGAGGUGCUGAAUCGGCGGUUAGGUAUCCGACACCCGCAGCAUCGUGAUUUUAUGUGUGCGGUCGCAGCAGGAGAUCAAAAUGCUUGUAUCAAAGAGGGUGGAACUCCUUUGGUCUGUCAAAGGGACGAUGGGUCUUACGUAUUGGCGGGAAUAGCUCUCCGGCGGUUGGAUUGUGAACAAUCCGAUGAUCCUGCAGUGUUUGUGAACGUGACGAAAUUUGCAGACUGGCUUCACGAUACACCCGAGCUAUACGAUGAGUGGCGGGCCAAAAAAGAAAACAAGACAUUAGAAAAUGGCAACUGA